CAUAUUUACGUUGAUUUUAUCUUAAGUUAAAGAAGAUAAAAUUAGGGAGUGUUUGAUCCCUCGGACAAUAAAUGGUUGCACGCCCUUGCAUUUGAAGCAACGUAAGGGGAAACUCGAAGAGUGAUGGAAAUGAAGGGUAGACGACGGUUAUUACUAUUAUAGGCAUAAUCGUCGCCUUAGAUACACAUAAUUACUAUUAAUGAUAAAGCAACAAGCUAUAAAUAAUUAACUUGAGCACUAUAAAUUAGUCGAGUAACGAUUAGUUUCUCUACUGACUAUUUGAAAAGGACAGGCUAAUGAAGAAGAGAAGGAAAUGAAAGAAAAUAACAUGUGAAUAGAGAAACAUUAAAAAUGGAAAAUGGUAAUGAAAUGUAUGGUAUCACAUUUUUUUGUCGUCGCCUUUCAGUAACAAGUUUUAAGAGGCUUGUCGACCAGGAUAAGGAUAAAAUUGCCAUAAAUGUUUGUUAAAGUGAUUUGAAUAAUUUUCUACCGUUGAUAAGACUCAAUUAUAUGUACCAUAAGCACUAAAGCCACACACAUUAACUGCUCGUUAAGAUUUUAUCCAAUUUUCGAAAUGUCGAGACCGUUGCAGAAUUUAGUGAUUUUUAUUCUUUUUAUUUUUAUUGUCGAUGGAGCACCUUCCCAAUUUCUCAGUACUAUAUUUUUUCGUCUCUAUACUAGUAAUGAUGUAAAUCCGUUUAUCGAUGAAUAUUUGGAAAAUACUAGUAAUCUCGUUGCGCAUAUAGACACUAGAAAGAAAACAGUAAUUUAUAUUCAUGGUUUUACUGAGAGUAUAAACAGUAGCAGUGUACGAGCAAUCGUUGACGGAUAUUUAGCACGUCAAGAUCACAACAUACUCGCAGUAGAUUGGAGUGUAUUAGCACGAGAGAAUUACUUUCAAGUAGUGUCACAUGUCGAAGACGUAGGUACACAAGUUGCAAAUGCAAUCACUUCAAUGUUAGCAGCUGGUAUUCCAUUGGGAACGAUUCAUAUCAUAGGACAUUCGAUGGGAGCACAAAUUGCUGGUGCUGUUGGAAGGAAGUGUCAUUUUAAACUAUCACGAAUAACAGGUCUUGAUCCCGCUGGACCUUUAUUCAAUCUUCUGCAAAGUCCCCUUUCAGCUUCAGAUGCCAAGUUUGUGGACAUUAUUCACACAGACGCCGGUCUCUAUGGAAUAGCCCGUAUAACUGGAACUGUUGAUUUUUGGCCGAAUAGAGGCAUAAGACUUCAGCCAGGCUGUCCUGAGAAUGCACAGUUUUAUACUCCAGAAGAUUUUUGCAGUCACCACCGGUCUUGGGUAUUCUAUGCAGAGUCUUUGGUGCGAGAAAACGCUUUUCUCGCAGUUAAAUGUUCAUUUAACUCUGACUACUCAAAAGCAAACUCUGAAAUUAUUCCAAUGGGAUAUUCAACGCCUUUUAAUGUGAAAGGAAGCUUCUGUCUGAUUACAUCUGAUGAACCACCCUAUGGUCUGGGCCAAAAGGGAGCUCAAGAGCAAUAAAUAUUUCCGUGGUUUGCUUUAAUUUUAGAAAAUUACAUGUACUAAUAUGUAUUAAAAGCAGGAUUAAAAAAUAAAUUGCAAAAAAUGACAAACCUUUCUUUUUG